AUGGCACCCGCCGCCACCGCCGCAAACGGCGUCGUCCGGCGCCUUGAGCCAUCGCGACUCAUCAUCAACGCCUCAGGUCCGGCUGCUGUUUCCACAAGACGGGUCCGACGCCGCCUCUACCUGCCGACGUGUACCUCGGGAGCUCAACAACACCAACGCCGCCAUGCCCACGCCAUCUCGGUCGAUCUCCCGCCCCCAUCGAUCGCUGAGCUGCUCGGCUCCGACUCCGCGCCUCAGACCGAGUCAGCACCUGCGAUAGCGGACGCUCCGCCGCCGCCGCAAAGCGUACGGCCAGAUAAUUCGACUUUGGAGCUUGUUCCCCGCAUCGCCCGCUUCCCCGGCAUAAACUACAAGCGAGUGCUUCCACACGCCUUGCGCGCCCGCGAUGCCGACGUUGUCGUCAAUUGCAUGCUAUUUGGCGCACACGAUGCCGCUUUCGUCUCGUCGGUCCCUCCGGUCGCGUUUACCGAGAUACUCCGCCUGGUUUCCACCCACCAUGCCUUUGAAGCGGCUGAGCAAGUCUUGAGGAACUCGUGGUGGGCGCGUGGCCUCGGUGUCUCGUCAAUCACGGGCUCAGUGGACCAAUUCCUGAGAGCUGCGCGCAUGAUGGUCGCUCAUCGGACUCAGGCCAAGAUUCCGCUGGGUCUUGCAGACUACAAGGUGCUCCUGCGCUUGGCGGCAACUGCCGCUGACAGGUCGGUGGCCAUGGAUCUGUGGGGUGACCUCCACAAGGGCAGUCUGGUCCCUGACACCGAGUGCUACAAUGCUCUCAUGCACGCGCUUCUAUGGGACCGACGCAUAGGCCGAAACGACAGCACCUGGCGCAGGCCGCUCGGCUGGAGGGCGGAUGGGUACUUCCAGUUGGCUAAGAAGAAGGGCAUCCUGCCAUUUGGCCCUCCUUCGGGCAGCUACGAGGGCAUUGUGUCGGCCCUUUUCGACGAACUACUCAAUAGCGAGCGGCUCGGCGAUGAGACUACUAUCGUGCAUCUCAUCACCGCUCAUGCUCGCGACGGCGAUCUCACCAACGUGAAAAGCGUACUCCAACGCAUAUGGAACAUCCGUGUCGACGAGCUCGCGGCCCACGGAGUGCAACGCUCACCGCCAAAGAGCUUACCUCCUUCAUCUCCUAUGCAUCCGACUUCCCGUCUUCUGUAUGCAGUCGCGCAUUGUUUCGGCGUCAAUUCAGAGCUUCCGGUCGCGUUGCGGCUUGUUGACUUCAUCAGCACCACCUACAAGCUCUCGGUGCCGCCAGACGUGUGGUCUGAGCUGCUGAAUUGGACAUAUGUCCAGUCCACGAUCCGUUCUGGUCGCUUUAAAAAAUUACAUCGAGUCCAAACCCAGCUGCCUCUGGGCGCAACCGAGCGGCUGUGGAGCAUAUUGACAAGAGAGCCGUACAAUGUACGCCCGACGAUGAAGAUGUUCCACCUCAGCGUCAACGGCCUCACCAAAUGGCAACGCCACGACAUCGCCUUCCAGCGCAUCCGCGACGGUAUUGGGCUUUACCGCCAGCACUGCAUUAAUGCUCGAGUUGCGACGCGCCAGGUCGAGGCGGCGAAAAAUGGUCUCGCCGUUCCCGGCGCGCCCAUUCACUCCCUCUCCAAACUCCUGGCCACGCAGACGGUUUGGCUAGCUGCCGUCAAGCGCGACCGUGCGUAUAUCCGGCAGUGGUGCAAGAUGUACCUGAAGCGUGGCUACGGGUUCGGCUUUACGGAAGAGUAUGUGGACGAGAAUGGCGAGAGGGCCCGACGUCGAGAACUCAUGGCUGAGAGGCUCCCCGAAUGGGCGUACAUCGACGUUCCCAAUUUCGUGGCCGAGUUUCGAGGCUUUUGUGAUCCAGUAGUCAAGUACCGCACGCACACUGGCAUCGUAGAGCUGGAGCUUCUCCAGAGAAAAAUCGCGGACAAUGUGGCCAUUAAGGGAUUCAAGAAGGGGUACACUCCGGAGCAGGUGAUUUCUUUCUGGGAGGGACUCAAGGUGAAGCAGAUGUUUUCAAAGCUGGUGCGAUGGGUGAAGGCGAACAAAGACUAG